GAUGGAGUCAUGGCUCCCACCUUGUUACUGCUGCUCUUCCUCCUGUGGCUCCAGGGCUGCGUUUCAGGUGUCCCUGCCGAGAAUGUGUACUCCAAAGUGCAGCAUUUUGAAGGGGAGACCCUGUCUGUGCAGUGCUCCUACAAGAGCCGCAAAAAACAUGUGGAGGGCAAGGUCUGGUGCAAAAUCAGGAAGAAGAAGUGUGAGCCUGGGUUUACCCGGCUCUGGGUGCAGGGGCCGCGCUACUUGCUGCAAGACGAUACCCAGGCCAAGGUGAUCAAUGUCACCAUGGUGGCCCUCAGGCGCCAGGACUCAGGCCGGUACUGGUGCAUGCGCAACAGCUCUGGAACCCUCUACCCUCUGAUGGGCUUCCAGCUGGAAGUGUCUCCAGUCCCUACAACCGCGAGAAACACUCCUCUUACACAGCUGUCCAACAUCCUCAAGAGUGGAAUUGUCGUCACAACGGGCCAAGCCCCCGCCUCAGGCCCGGAUGCCCCUUUCACCACCAGUGUGAGGCUGUUCACACCUGGAGUCCUCACCUUGGCCAGGCUCUUGUCCUCCACUGCCUCAGGGACCAUCAGGCUCAGCUCUGUGGCAGGAUACAGCUUCACCAGCCCCUCCACCCUGGGGCCCAGAAGGACCAAGGGGCUCCCGACAGUGACUGCAUCUCCUGGCAAUUCCAGGGCCUCCUUGGCUGGCCCUGUAUCCAUUUCCACUAAGGCCCGUCACCUGCGCACCAGAUCACCCACCACGAGAACAUGCCACACCAGCAGAUCUCUCCUCAACAAAUUAUCCCCCAUCAGGCACCAGGAUUCCAACCCCGCUGUGCUUGUGGGGGUGCUGACCUUCCUCUUGGUGCCUGCGAUGAUGAUCGUGGUCUAUGGGUUCUGGAAGAAGAGACACAUGGGAAGCUACAGCAUGUGCAGGGACCCUGCUCGACCCUGGAGGGACCCAGCUGGAAGACCGGAGCCUCCUUGGAAACCUGCUUGGUUUAAGGCCACUUAUGGAGUGGGGGAGCUUCUCCCAGAGGGACCCCAGGAGUCUGUAAUAGGAGUGAAGAUGGGGGCCUGUCUGGAUUGGAGCCAGGUUGGGGGGUGA